AGCAGCCUGGCUCUAAGUUGUCGGACAUGUGUGAAUCCGGUGGAACCUCGUCUCCCUCUCAAACUGUGUGUGUCUGUGUGUCGCAGAAGGCCGAUUCCUGUGAGAUCCUUCCAGCUGCUUCUUAAACCAUGAGUGGCUCCAAGCCCGACAUCCUGUGGUCUCCUCACCACCCGGACCGCUAUGUCAUCUGCGACUCCGAGCUGGGACUCUACCGCAUCGGACCCGUGGGCAACGCCGAAACCAAGGCGGGCUCGCUGCUCCCUCUCUCCGGGGAAACUGCUGCUACUUUACUCGCCAUUAACUCUGACACCCCGUACAUGAAAUGCGUGGCCUGGUACCCGAAGCACGAGCCCGAGUGUUUACUCGCCGUCGGCCAAGCCAACGGCCGGGUGGUGCUCACCAGCUUGGGCCAGAGCCACAACUCCACGUGCAAGGAGCUCGUGGGGAAGGAGUUUGUUCCCAAGCACGCUCGCCAGUGCAACACGUUAGCCUGGAACCCGGUGGACAGCAACCUGCUGGCGGCCGGUCUGGACAAGCACCGAGCCGACUUCUCCGUUCUCAUCUGGGACAUCAGCAGCAAGUUCUCCCCGGAGGCCAGUGUCACAGCGGAGAAGAUCCGCCUCUCGUCUGUGGACCUGGACUCCAGCUCGGUCGUGACCAAGCCGCUCUACGAGUUGGGUCAGAACGACGCCUGCCUCUCGCUCUGCUGGCUGCUCCGGGACCCGAAGCUGCUGUUGGCCGGGAUGCAUCGGAACCUGGCGAUCUUUGACCUGAGGAACACGAGCCAGAAAACGUUUGUCAACACCAAGGCCAUCCAGGGGGUGGCGGUGGAUCCUCACUUCCACGACCGCGUGGCGUCCUUCUUCGAGGGCCAGGUGGCGAUCUGGGAUCUGAGGAAGUUCGAGAAGCCGGUGCUCACGCUGAGCGAGCAGCCGAAGCCCCUCUCUAAGGUGGCCUGGUGUCCAACGCGAACCGGCCUCCUGGCCACGCUGACCCGUGACAGCAACAUCAUCCGUCUCUACGACAUGCAGCACACGCCCACCCCCAUCGGGGACGAGACCGAGCCCACCAUCAUCGAGCGCAGCGUGCAGCCGUGCGAGAGCCAGAUCGGCAGCUUCGCCUGGCACCCGUCCUCCCAGAACCGCAUGGUGGUGGUGUCGGCCGCCAACCGGGUCAUGACCGACUUCACCGUGUUCGAGCGCAUCUCGCUGGCGUGGAGCUCCACCACCUCGCUCAUGUGGGCGUGCGGCCGACACCUGUACGACUGCGUGGAGGACGGCGUGGACGGCGUGGAGAGCGUGAUCGAGAGAGACAUCGCCACCAAGAUGAGGCAGCGAGCUCAGUCCCGGUACGGACACGACACGGUGCAGGUGUGGAGGAACCACCAGCUGGCCGGGGGGAGCGACCCCCAGCUCAAGUCUCUGUGGUUCGACCUGUUCUAUAUGAAGCAGUGUGCCGAGGACCCGGAGCUGAAGCUGCAGGGGAACAAACAGACGCUGGUUUACUCUGGAAUCAAGAACAUCGUCAAGAGCAGCUCAGGAACAACAGAGAGCCGCAAGUGCUGGAGCGGCUCGGACCGGCAGACGGACGUGCCGCGCUACCACAGCGAGGAGCGCUCGCUCGCCCUGCGGCUCUGCGGCUGGAUCAGCCGCGGCCCGGACAUCGACGUGGAGACCUUCCUGCGGACGCUGGAGCUGGAGCGCGAGUGGGAGCGGGCGGCCGCCGUCGCUCUGUUCAACCUGGACAUCCGGCGAGCGAUCCAGAUCCUCAACAAGGGCGCCACCGCGGAGAAGGGUGACCUGAACCUGAACGUGGUUGCCAUGGCGCUGUCGGGCUACACGGACGAGAAGUCGUCCCUGUGGAGGGAGAUGUGCAGCUCUCUGAGGCUGCAGCUGAAGAACCCUUACCUCUGCGUCAUGUUUGCCUUCCUCACCAGCGAGCCCGGAGCCUACGACGGCGUGCUGCACGAGAGCAGUGUCGCUGUCCGGGACCGAGUCGCCUUCGCCUGCAUGUUCCUCAGCGACACACAGCUGCCGCGAUACAUCGACAAACUAACCAAUGAGAUGAAGGAAGCGGGCAACCUGGAGGGCAUCCUGCUGACCGGGCUGAGUAAAGACGGCGUGGAUCUGAUGGAGAGCUACGUGGAUCACACGGGAGAUGUCCAGACCGCCAGCUUCUGCAUGUUGAAGGGUUCCACAGGGGAAGUGUUGAAGGACCCUCGAGUCCAAUGCUGGAUAGAAAACUACCGCAACCUCCUGGACGCCUGGAGGUUCUGGCACAAACGGGCGGAGUUCGACAUCCACCGAGGGAAACUGGACCCCAGCUCCAAGCCGCUAGCCCAGGUGUUUGUGAGCUGCAACUUCUGCGGGAAGUCCAUCUCCUACAGCUGCUCGGCCGUGCCCCACCAGGGCCGCGGCUUCAGCCAGUACGGCGUCAGCGGCUCGCCCACCAAAUCCAAAGUGACGAGUUGCCCCGGCUGCAGGAAGCCGCUGCCGCGCUGUGCCCUCUGCCUCAUGAACAUGGGGACGCCUGUGUCCAACUGCCCAGGAACAGGGAAGUCGGACGAGAAGGUGGACCUGACGAGGGAGAACAAACUGGCCCAGUUCAACAACUGGUUCACCUGGUGUCACAACUGUCGCCACGGCGGCCACGCGGGUCACAUGCUCAGCUGGUUCAGGGACCACACAGAGUGCCCGGUGUCGGCCUGCACGUGUAAGUGCAUGCAGCUGGACACCACGGGGAACCUGGUGCCUUCAGACUGCAGCUAAACAGGAGGAGCCUGUCGGACUCUGAAGCCAAACACCAGCCCAAGGCCGAGCGGCGCCGGGUUCAACCGCUGCACCCGGCCGCACCGCGACCACUGGGCGAGGGACACAAGGGGGACGGCGGCCUCCCUCUCCCGACGCCGCUGCUGCAAUAGAAUUAAACCCAGUUACGUAGAGUCUAGUGAAUGUAACGUGGUAACACAAGCCUGCGUGUGGAGAAGGGAGGCAGCGUGUGUGUUACUGAUCCGACUAACUGACACAAUCACACAAUCACACAAAGGGAGCAAAUGAAAACUCACUGCUUUGCUAAUCAAAGUCCCACUCAGGAGAAAUACACUUUAACCUGAA